CGGAGUCCUAGCACGCGGAUGGAACCUUGGUGGGGCGGAGCCUGUGGGGGCGGGACGAGGCCCGGGCAGGACGGGCCUCACUUGCCGGCGUUUGCCGGCCCGGGCCACUACUUGUGAGGAGCUCUGUGGCCGCGGAAGCAAGUGAGAGAUUUCGACCAGUUACCUUACUCUGGUUUUCCUGCCUCCCUCUUCAUCAGCGAGAUUCAAGGCUGGACCAGGGCCCCCAGGGAAAAAAUCCUGCUAUCAAGGAAGAAAAUAUAGGACCAGGACCUUCCCAUGGACCCUUCUCAGGACAUUCCAACAGCACAAGCAAGGGUGUCUCCCUAAGACACAAGAGGCCUGAAAAAACUAUCCUUUGUGAAGUGCCAUGGUGGUCAAGAAAAGCAGAGCCACAGCUCCCAGACUAAGCAAGCCUGGCCCCACAGGUACCUCACUUGGAUCCCAGUGGGCGGGGCAUCCCCACGUCCCCGCGCCAUUAAGCCCAGGUGGUGGACUCUACCCAAGGCACGGCCGGGGCAGAAGCGAAGGCCGGGAGGCGGGACUGAAGAAUGCGCAGGCGGGAGCCACGAGGCGGGCGCGCCCCUUUCACGGCUUCCGGCGGCGGCGGGCGGUUCCGGGGCGGCGGCGCGCGGCAGGGGACCGUUGGUGUUUGCGUUGGCCGUAGUGGACUGGGCCGUGGACACCAUGCAGCUGACCGUGAAGGCGCUCCAGGGCCGGGAAUGUAGCCUACAGGUGGCGGAGGACGAGCUAGUGUCUACACUGAAGCACCUGGUCUCGGAUAAGCUGAAUGUCCCUGUGCGCCAGCAACGUCUGCUGUUCAAGGGCAAGGCCCUAGCAGAUGAAAAACGACUGUCAGAUUACAACAUUGGGCCCAAUUCUAAGCUCAACCUAGUUGUUAAGCCUUUGGAGAAGGUGCUACUGGAAGAAGGGUCUGCCCACAGACUGGUCGACUCCCCAGCCACCCCCAUCUGGCAGCUGAUCUCCAAAGUCCUGGCCCGUCACUUCAGUGUAGCAGAUGCCAGCAGGGUCCUGGAACAACUACAGAGGGAUUAUGACAGGUCCUUGAGCCGCCUAACACUGGAUGACAUCGAACGUUUGGCCAGCCGCUUUCUACACCCUGAAGUGACUGAGGCUAUGGAAAAAGGGUUCUGCAAAUAGCAUUCUGGGAUUGUGGGGAGAAAUCCCAG